AUGUCUUCCACAAACGUUGAAAAAGCCUGGUGGAAGGAGACUGUUGUCUAUCAGAUCUAUCCAGCCUCGUUCAAAGAUAGCGAUGGAGACGGCUUGGGUGACAUUCCGGGAAUUAUCAGCAAGAUACCUUACAUUUCAUCCCUUGGAGUCAAUGCAGUGUGGCUCUCGCCGAUUUACAAAUCUCCCCAGCAUGACAUGGGCUACGAUAUUUCCGACUACCGUGACAUUCACCGACCAUAUGGAACUCUAGAAGAUGUUCAAAGGCUCAUCGAUGAGCUUCACAAGAACCAGAUCAAACUCCUCAUGGAUCUGGUCGUCAACCAUACCAGCGACGAACACGCGUGGUUCAAGGAGAGUCGGUCUUCCAAGCAGAGCCCAAAGCGAGACUGGUAUUUCUGGCGAGAUCCAAGAUACGACGCCAGUGGUAAUCGUCAAGAACCCAACAACUGGCGAAGUAUUUUUGGAGGAAGUGCAUGGCAUUACGACGAGACAACUGAUCAAUACUAUCUGGCAUUGUUUCUUCCAUCGCAGCCCGAUUUGAACUGGUCCAACGCAGACAUGCGACAGGCGACUUACGACGACAUGCGGUUCUGGCAGGAUCGUGGCGUUGAUGGCUUUCGGAUCGACAGCAUGAACUUGAUGUCAAAACACCCGGACCUGCCAGAUGCUACAGUGACGAGGCCGAAGGAGAAGUAUCAGGACGGAUCGGAGUUCUUUGCCUCAGGGCCCAAGAUGCACGACUAUAUCCGCGAGAUGCGAACGGAAGUCUUCGAUCAUUAUGAUGCGAUGACUGUUGGAGAGCUGGGCUUCACUAACGAUGAAAGAUCUGUCUCUGAAUAUGUGGCGAAGGACAGGCACGAGCUGAACAUGGUUUUCACUGGAGACAUCGUCGACAUGGACUUCGGCCCUGGUGGGAAGUACGAAAGGGAUGAUUUCCAUCCACGUAAGAUCAGACAUAUCACCAACAUGUGGCAAUGUGCUAUGCCUAAGUUCGAUGGCUGGAACUCCGUGUACCUGGACAACCAUGAUAGCGGAAGGUCGUUGAGUAGAUAUGCAUCAGACAAGCCAGAACACCGAGCUGCGUCGGCGAAGAUGCUCGCUACGUAUCUCAUGACUCUAGCUGGGACGCCAUUCCUGCUAGCUGGUCAGGAGUUUGGCAUGGCUAAUCUCGGGAAAGACUACGGAGUUGAAUCUUACAUCGAUGUCGAGGCAAAGAAUGCAUAUAACGCUAUUCUCUGGCAGCGUGGUGGCAAUAAGUCCUCGAUGGGCGAUGUUUUGCGGGAGAUGCAACGGAAGGCGAGGGAUCAUGGACGUCUGCCGGUGCAAUGGGACGACUCGCCCAACGCUGGUUUCACCGCAGCAGAUGCGAAGCCUUGGAUGACGAUCAACAAGGACUACAUUGAGUGGAAUGCAGCGAGUCAGCAAAGCGAUAAAGAGAGUGUCUUGAAUUUCUAUCGUCAAGUGCUUCAACUGAGGAAGGACUAUGUCGACUUGCUUGUGUAUGGCUCGUACAAGCCGCUGGACGAAAAGGAGACCGGCGAGAUGGUCCUCGGGUAUGAGAGGGCUUCACCUGAUGAGAGUCAGCAUGUUGCUGUCUUGUUGAACUUCUCUGAUCAAGAGCAGAGUAUCAGUGCAGCGGGAUACGAUGGCUACAAUACUUUGAUCUCGAACGGACGAAGUGAGGUUGCUGGUGGGCGUGUUCGAUUGGGGGCUUAUGGUGCUGUGGUGUUACUGAAGGAUUGA